AUGUCGUCAAAAAGCGCCAAGAAGAAUGUCCCUGCAACUAAAGCAACGAAUGUAGUUGUCACUAGAAAAAAGUCAACACAGCAAAACCGUCAAGUUCGCGCCAAAAAUAAGAAAAUAAUAAAAUCCGUUGUUGACAAAGAGCCUCCUAAACCAGAGAUAAAAUCGACUAUAACACCUACUGCAACAUGUCAGAAAGAUACUCCGCUUAAGACGAAAGUGAAACAUUUAGUGCAGUUAGUGGAACAAGUAGAGUAUUAUCCGGAUAAGUUGAAAAGAGAAAUGUGCGCGAAAAAAGUGUUUUUAAAACCGAAGCAUAACUUUAAAGUUAUUGCCGUUGCUAAUAAAAGGAAGUUGAGUGUGCCACAGAAAGGAGGAAUGAAAUCCACCUUAUUAUUGAAGAGUUACAGCAGAAGUUCCGUCAAGUCUACUAAGAGUAACAACAGUCCAGAAAUAUCCAUGAUAGACAUGGUGAAACUGAUUGAAGAUAAUCAUAGCCUCAGCGAUGAGGACUUUAUGGAGAUACUAACAUGCCCUAGCCCAGUGUGGUGGGAGGAUCCACCUGAUGAAAGAUAUAUUGAAGAUGCCAUAUGUACAAGAUUACCCAGCCCAUCAUCACCACUUAACAAAAGCCGUGGUGAUGACAAUAAAACGGAAGAACAAACAAUAAAUAGAACAAGCACACCAUCAAAAUUGUCUUCUUUAAUAGACUUCGAAAAUGUCAUUGAAGAAUUUAAAAUAUCACCCACAAUUAAUGAGAAAUUCAAUAAAAAGAAACAAAAAUUAGAAAAUGUAUUAGGCAGUAUUAAAAAUGUUAAAGAAAAUAAAAUCAAUAAAAAUAACACUCCAGUUAAAGAUUGUAAAAAGCACAUUGUUAAAAAUACUAAAAUAAUUAAAAUCGGAAAAGGUGAAAGUAAAAACGUGUCUAGUGCUACUGAUGAAGAGGAUCUUUCAGACUUGAGUUUUAAUGAAGAAGAAGUGCUGAAGAACUUGGAGAAUAUGGAUAUACCAAUUGAACAGGAACAACAUUUCAUACAAAGGAAAAAAGAGAAAGAAUUACAAACACUUAAAAACAUACAAGCAAUAAAUUCAUUAAAUAGAGAUGCUUUAAAUAAAGUUAAAGUGCCUGAUAUAUUGCCGCCAUUGAAAAGAAAACCAGAUUUAAACAUAAAUAAUAUAAUAAAACAAGAUUAUUCUGAUAAUUUAGAUUAUAACUUGGACGCUGUGUCUCAUUCAAAUUUUCGAUUUAUCUCCGAUGAUGAUUUGAGUCUUGCGGAAUCAAAUUCUAAAUUAAAUAGUAAAAAAAUGAAAAUUGUCAAUAUAAGUUCUAGUUUAGGCGAAAGUAGUUCAAUAUUAGAUGUAGAUAGUGUCGAUUUUAAAGACUAUGCAAUAAAAACUGCACAAUCUGAUGAUUCGAGUGUACCAGACAACAUUGAAAAAGACAAUGAUAUUAUACCAAAAAAGGUAAUAAAUGAUUUAUCCGAAUAUAUAACAGUUUAUAAAAUAGUGUCAAAUGACAAUGAAAAGAAUGAAUUAAAUAGUGAAACAUCAAAUAAAAGUCCUGAGACUACAAGUAAUAAGGUUGAUAAUGUCAGAGGGAAAUUGAACAAUUUUUUUAAAAAGUGUAAAAGCGGCAAACGUUUAAAAAAAAGUGAUGUGACGUUUCCCUCCAUUUCGGUUAGAGACAUCAAAGAUUUGAAAAUGGAAAAAGAAAAUAGUGACGUCCAGACCUAUGUGGAGAACGAAGAAAAUCGACUAAAACCCUGCGAUUAUUGUGUCGUGGAAACCGAAAAUGGCGCGAAAAACUUUUCAUGUGACAGCUGUGAAAAGGCGCCAAUUUUUGCAUGCACUUUGUGUGACUUCCUGGCUGAUACUAAAGAGCUUUAUAAGAAUCAUGUAUCUAAGUGUAAAGAUGUCGCUAGAAUAACAUGGAAGAAUAAUUUUAUUAUAAAUCAAACUUAG